UGGCUGGCCAGGCUAGGCUCCUGCCCCUGGCUCUCUGUGGGACCUCAGGCUCCAGGAAUUUGGACCGAGUGGUAGAGACAUCGCCGACAGAGACGGCAACUGCCAGCUUCCUCCCUAUGCUGUCUUGUGAUUCAAAGCAGAUUCUGCUCCACUUUUUUAAAAGGGGGAGCACGUUAACACGGGAGACCCACAAGGACAGGAGUCAGCAAGGAAACUCGGACAGUCCCAUCCAAGAGAAGGAGCCAUGUGGUCUCUCCUACUGGCCCUCCUCCUCUUUCACGUCUGCCCCACCAGGGGAGCCAGCAACCUCCAUGAGGACCUGACCCUGCUGAGGACGGACCUGGCGCUUCGCCUGUACCGGAGCGUGGCCGCGGCCGGAAACCAAACCAACCUGGUCCUCUCCCCCGCUGGCGCCUUCAUCCCCCUGGAGCUCCUGCAGUUCGGAGCCCGGGGGAACACCGGCCGGCAGCUGGCCCAGGCCCUGGGCUACACCGUCCACGACCCCAAGGUCAGAGAAUGGCUGCGGGCUGUCUAUGCCGUGCUGCCCAGCACCAGCCCGGGUGCCAAGCUGGAGCUGGCCUGCAUCCUCUACGUGCAGACAGGGACGCCGCUCACCCCCUGCUUCGUGGAGCAGGUCUCCCGGUGGGCAAACAGCAGCCUGGAGCUGGCCAACCUCAGGGAGCCCAACAGCACCGCCAUGCUGGCCAACGGAUGGGGCCCCAAGCAGACCACAGGGGACGGGCCGGUGGGCUCCGCGUCAGGGCGCGGUGGCGGCGCGGAGUCUGCGCAGCUGGUGCUGGUGAGCACCAUGUCCUUCCAGAGCGCCUGGCGUCAUCAGUUCUUCUUCUGGGACACCCAGCUCCUGCCUUUCACCUGCGCCCAGGGCCUGGCCCUCGAGGUUCCCAUGAUGUACCAAAUGGCCGAGGUCAACCACGGCCAGUUUCAGGACCCUGCGGGCCAUCAGGUGGGGGUGCUGGAGCUGCCCUACCUGGGAAACGCGGCCAGCCUACUCCUGGUGCUGCCUCGGGACAGAGACACACCGCUCAGCCACAUUGAGCCCCACCUCACAGCCAGCCUCCUCCACACCUGGACUGCCAGCCUGAAGAGAGCCCGGAUGGAGGUGUUCCUGCCCAGGUUCAGGAUCCAAAAUCAUUUCGACUUGAAAAACAUUUUAUAUUCCUGGGGAGUCAUCGAUCUUUUUGAUCCACUCAGAGCUAACUUGAAAGGAAUUUCAGGCCAAGAUGGCUUUUAUGUUUCUGAAGCGAUCCACAAAGCCAAGAUCGAGGUUUCAGAGGAAGGCACUAAGGCAUCUGCAGCCACAGCUCUGUUGUUACUGAAAAGGUCUCGGAUUCCUAUUUUUAAAGCGGAUCGGCCGUUCAUCUUUUUCCUGAGAGAACCGAACACAGCAUUUGUCUUCAGUAUUGGGAGAGUUUUGAAUCCCCUACACUGAAUUAACAGAGCUCAAGCAUGUUCUCCACUUUUAUCUAUGCUUUUCUUCAAAAAUUACAAUUUCAUUUUCCUAUACCCCUGAAAUUUAAAAAAUGUUCUGCUGAAGUGUACAAAGAUACAGGUAUGUGUUUUGCAAAUAUUAUGAACCUAAAAAUACUUCCAUUUUACCAUAAUUUUAUAAAUUUAUUUUACCCUCUAUUAA